CCUCUGCACUCUGCACUGCUUUCUUCUUCUCCUUCAUUAUAUAUCCUCCGCCUCCUUCUCCAUUUUUACUCACCCACCCCUUCAUAUCUUUCCCCAACAACUACCCUUUAUUUUAUUUUAAUAAUAAUAAAUAAUAAAUAAUAAUAAUACCUCUUAUUAUUAUAUUAUAAAAUAGAAUAGAUAAAAGCUCUUUUGUUGCUAUUACCAUACAGAUCGAACCACCAUUAUGACGGGGAUUAGCAGUAACAUGCCACCGCUCCUCUCCUUCUUCUUCUUUUUCUUGAUUGCUACGGUCAAUGCUUCGCCGGCGCCGGCGGCCGGUAGCGGUCAAACUCUCCAACUGCAUCCGCAGGCGGAUUAUCAGUACCUCAACCCAAAGCUCCCUCCUAGAGCCCUUUCCAACUCCAAGAAAUUCGAGGGCUCAUCCGACCUCGUCAAUCUCCGCUACCAUAUGGGCCCCGUCCUUUCUUCCCCUAUCAAUAUCUAUCUUAUCUGGUAUGGCAAGUGGUCCCCAUCCCAGCAGCUCGUCAUCAAAGACUUCCUACUCUCCAUCUCCACCACCAACCACCGCGCCGCCCCCUCCCCCUCCGUCGCUGAAUGGUGGCGCACUGUGUCUCUCUACACCGACCAAACCGGGGCCAACAUAUCCCGCUCCGUUCUCAUUGCGGAUGAGUACUCCGACCGCCGCUACUCCCAGGGCACUCACCUCACCCGCCUCUCCAUUCAGGACGUCAUCGCAGAGGCCGUACGCUCUAAGCCCUUCUCCAUCGACCACAAGAAAGGGAUCUACCUGGUGCUCACCUCCAUAGAUGUGACAGUGCAGGACUUCUGUCGGGCUGUGUGCGGCUUCCAUUACUUCACCUUCGCCUCCAAGGUGGGUUACACACUGCCCUACGCUUGGAUCGGGAACUCGGGGAAGCAGUGCCCGGAAGUAUGCGCGUACCCGUUUGCAAUCCCGGGUUACAUGGCAGGAGGCGGACCGGGAGCACUGUCUCCGCCCAACGGGGACGUGGGUGUAGACGGGAUGAUUAGCGUGAUAGCGCACGAGCUAGCGGAGCUGUCAUCGAACCCGCUGGUGAACGCAUGGUACGCAGGAGAAGACCCAACGGCACCCACAGAAAUCGGUGAUCUGUGCGAGGGGCUGUACGGCACAGGGGGCGGCGGCGGGUACAUUGGGCAGGUGAUGAAGGACAGGGAGGGGCGGACUUACAAUAUGAAGGGGAGGAGGGGCAGGAAGUUCUUGGUGCAAUGGGUUUGGAGCCCUAUCCUCAAGGCCUGUGCCGGUCCAAAUGCAUUGGACUGACGACUCACUAAUCCAAUUCAUGUAAAAUCCCCUCUCCUCCCCGCCCCUCAAUCCUACAUACUACCACAAAUCAAAUCAAAUCAAAUGAAAGCUCCUAAUCGCCGCCGCCGCCGGCAGCAGCAAGGGUGACGAGAUGUACGGUAUGAAUUGAAGUGCCCCCUACCCCGAUUCCAGGAGCAAGAGUUUUUUUUUUUUUUUUUAAUUCCUUUAUUUUCUUAGAAAUAUUUUUUUUUUAUUCUUUAUAAAAAUUCAUUAGUGUUAUUGUUAUUAUUAUUAUUAUUUGAUAUUUGAUAUUUGAUUUUGGGCUAAAUAUAAGAUGGAACCGUAUUUAUA